GUUAGUAAGCAUAGGAAGUUUGUUGGAAUAAGUUGCGUAUCAGUGUUAUCAAAGAUAUUUUUAGUUGAUAUAAAACAAGGUGAUAAAAAAAAUGAUUUUGCUUAAUAGGAGUGCAAUGAUUCGGCAGACGCAAAUAUUUCAAUUAUCAUGGACACGGUACCUAUCAAAAGAAAGAGUAAAACCUUUCGAUGCCAUGCCUGGAUUGAAAGCUUUGCCUGUUAUAGGGAUAAUGCAUCACUUUAUACCUUUUUUUGGAACCAUCGGGCCCAAAAAUAAUUUCUUCGAUAUGUUUGAAGUGCUUUACAACAAGUAUGGUCCGAUUGUGAAAAUGGAAGGGAUGCUGGCAAAAGGAACGAUGGUUAUGUUCUUUGAACCGGAUCAUUAUGAUAAGAUUUAUAGAGCGGAGGAGUCGCCUGCACCUCUUCGCAUGGGGUUUGAAGCUUUGGUAUAUUACCGAGAAGAACUUCGGAAAGAAAGAUUUGACGGAGUCUAUGGACUAACAACUGCGCAAGGAGAAAAAUGGCGAGAAUUUCGUACAAAAGUAAAUCCAGCUUUAUUGAAACCGAAAAUAGUGAAAUUAUAUGCGCCGGGAUUAGAAGAGAUAGCUGAUGAAUUAGUGUCAAAACUUUGGAAAAUGAAAGAUCACCCUGAAGCCUUGUCAAGGGAAAUCGAAUCGGAAAUCACAAAAUGGUCUCUCGAGUCGGUAGCUUUGGUUUGUCUUGGUAAGAGAAUUGGUUGCUUACAAGACAACUUGAGUGAUGAUCAUCCAGCAAAAGCAUUGACUUACUGCUCCAAAUCAAUACCAGAUCUUUCAUUCAAAUUGGAAUUCGCCCCAAGAUUCAUAAAUAAGCGCAACUCGUCUUGGUUUAAACAACUUAUGAACAUUUUCGACUUACAGUGGGAAGUCAGUGAAAAAUAUAUCGAGGAUGCUAAAAGAUCAAUCAAUGAAAAGGGCCAGGCUACACCGGAAGAAGAUCAGAGCGUUUUAGAGAAACUUCUGGCCAUUGACGAGAAGGUGGCAGUGAUGAUGGCCAAUGAGAUGCUUUUUGCUGGAAUAGAUACAGUAGCCUAUGCCGUCACGGGUCUUUUGUAUAACUUGGCAAUCAAUAAGGAAGCGCAAGAUAAAUUGAGACAAGAGAUCCGUGCACAGACAAGCACUAAAUAUCUUAAAGCAUGUGUGAAGGAAUCUUUAAGACUGUUACCUGUACUGUCAGCAAAUUUAAGAGAAACAUCCAAAGAUUAUGUUAUAGGUGGAUACCAAAUCCCCGCUGGAACGUUUGCAAUAGCACCAAAUGAAUAUUUAUCAAAAUUGGAGAAGUUCUAUCCUCGAGCUAAGGAAUUCGUUCCAGAAAGGUGGUUGGUUGAGAAAACUGAUCCAAUUCAUUAUGGAAAUGCUCAUCCUAUGGUUACAUUACCCUUUGGUUUUGGUGUGAGAUCAUGCAUUGGGAGAAGAAUUGCUGAACUGGAAAUCGAAACAUUAGUUAAAAGGUUAUUAGAUAAAGUUGAAGUACAAUGGACUGGCCCCCCAUUGAAAGUUUCGACGAAAGUUAUAAAUAGCUUUAAAAAGCCAUAUCAUUUCAAAUUGGUGCCAGCUAAAUGAUGACUAAAUACUUUAUAGAUAAUUAAUACCAACAAUAAUAAAAAUAAUAACUUAUGAAAAUUUGUUUCAAUAAAUUGCACAAAUUUUUUUU